CCUAUAAAAUGCCCAGUUGUCUCAGGCAGGGUCACUCCUCGCACACUCUCCAGCUGUGCUCAUCACCUGCAGGUCACCACCACCUCUCACCAUGUCUGUCAGUCUCGCCAGCCAGAGCAGCUACAGCUCCCGCAGCAUCUCCAACACCAGUGCCAUCAGCCUGAGCGGAGGGAUGCAGUUUGUCGGAGCCGGCCAGACCCGCAUCUCCACGGGCCCCUUCCAGACCCGCGCGCCCAGCGUGUAUGGGGGCGCGGGAGGUUACGGGACCCGCAUCUCCCAGUCCCACUCAGUCUUCUCCUCCAGGUCACUGACCCCGUACGGCGAGACUGGAGUGAUGAAUAACGGGAAGGUGACCAUGCAGAACCUCAACGACCGCCUGGCCUCCUACCUGGAGAAGGUACACUUCCUGGAGGCAGCCAACAGGAAGCUGGAGCUGCAGAUCAGAGAGUUCUAUGAGAAGAGAGCUCCUUCUGUCUCCAAAAACUUCACCGGCUACUUCGCCACCAUCUCUGAUCUCCAAGCUCAGAUCUCGAGGAGAUUUUCAGAGAAUCAAAGCACCAUCCUGCAGGUUGACAAUGCUCGACUGGCUGCAGACGACUUUAGAAUAAAGUAUGAGAUGGAGAUGAACCACUGUAAGAUGGUGGAGAGUGAUGUGUCCCGUCUCCGAGGGGUCCGGGACAACCUGACUCUUUCCAUCAGUGACCUGGAGUUGCAGAUAGAAGGUCUGAAAGAGGAGUUGUUGUGCCUCAAGAGCAACCAUGAGGAGGAGAUAAAUCAGUUAAGGAUCCAGCACACUGGCACAGUUAAUGUAGAGGUGGACAGCGCACAGUCAGUUGAUCUGACAAAGGUCCUGGAGGAAAUGAGGGAGCAGUAUGAAGCUGUGGUGCUGAAGAACAAGAUGGAGCUCGAGAAAUGGUUCCAAUCUAAGGUGGAUAUUCUACAGACGCAAAUCAUUACAUGUACAACAGAGGUGAAGACGUUUUACACGAAGCUGUCAGAGCUGAAGAGGACCUACCAGAGUUUGGAGAUAAGUCGGCAAAGCAUCAUCACAGAGAUUCAGUGCCUGCAGCAGAAUGUGCAAGAAGUGAAGAGUCAAUACAAUGCUCAGCUUGGCCAGCUGCAGCUGACCAUCAACAUCCUGGAGAUCGAGCUGCAGCAGCUGAAAGUCUCCCUCGAGCAGCAGCAAAGCGAGUACAACCUGCUACUGGACAUCAAGAUGAGGCUGGAACUGGAGAUCGCCGAGUACAGGAGGCUGCUGGACGGAGAGCUGCAGGAGAGGAGGGCUGUGGUCAUCAGCAAGGUUGUGGAAGUGGAAGAGCAUAAACCCCACAUCGAGAGGAGAGUGAAGACCAUCGUGGAGGAGAUUAUUGACGGAAAGGUGGUGUCCUCCAGUGUUGACACCCAAGUGGAGGAAAUUCAGUAACACCUCUGCUGCCACUUUUACAUUGAUUUGGCCCCUAAAUGUAAUUAAUUGACUCCUAUAAUACCUGCUUAAUGAAUAAUUU